UUGCUGACGUAGAAUUCAUGACAGCAGAGUAAAUACAAGUUAGCCUAGGUUUGCAGGCUCCAUUGUCUGGUGUGUUUAUGUAGUAUUUCUUACUUGGAUUCCGAUUUUGCAAGAAUGCAAGCACAGAAUCGGCGUCGAAGAUAGCCUCUCAACUGUUGCCCUGUCGAGAAACCCCAUCACCUAGUGGGUUUGCGACUGUGAGUGUGAAUUUGCAGGUCUCAACUUUGCAGGUCUGACUCUGUAGUGUUAAGACUAAGAGGCAACUGAGAUUAGUCUAUGGACUGAAGUGUCAUCACAUAUAUAACAAAAUCACAGCCAGUAUGACGUCUUCUAAGAGCAAAAAGGUUUGGAUUCAGUUAAGGAGGUUUGACUUGGAAGAUGAAGAGCACUCACAGAAGAUCGACAAGCUGAAUUCUGUGUAUUUGGCAGAUGACAUGGACUCAGAUUUUGUAAAGAUUGUUAUCAGAGAAGCCUUUGGUUUGUUUGAUACAGGAGUAGUGAUGAAGUUAAGAAACCACCGAGGUUCUUUGAUCCCCAUCAACAGUGCUCUUCAACCUAACUCUAAGUCUGUACCUUAUGUAUUGGAAAUAUUUAGAGUAUAUCAAAAUAUUAAACCAUUACCUCGAUCAAUCAGAAUGCCAGGAGCUCACGAGUCUGUAAGAAAGAGUCUGAAUUCUAUUUUGCAAAGGAUAGAAAAUGUUGAAAAUGCUACCCCAGAGCUCAAACAGAAAAGAGAUGCCAAACUGGCGGCCGAGCUUGAAGAUUUAGAUCGCAAGCUGGUUUUUCUCAAUAAACGACUGGAUGAAGCAUCUGGGGUUUCGUGGAAGGGCAUGUUUAAAAAGCACCCAAUGUGGUAACAAGAUAGACCUUGGUCAUCCAGCAAGGCCAUGUACAUGUACUGGGUAGCUCAUAGUUCAUGGAGCUUGCUUUGUUAUACAGCAAUGUUACAUUUAAUGUGUGCAAUUUCAUGCAGGACACUUAGGACUCUCCCUCAAAUAUUUGUGCAUUUCUCUUCAAAUUAGACACAACUGGAGUUUUUUUUAGGCUCAGUGGAUAAACUUGUAGUCAUUGUGUAUAUUUUGUAAAUUGGAAAAAUUUUAAGAAUUCUAUUAAUUUAUAGUUACAAAACAUUGCAAUCAUGUGAACUGUUUUCCAUUACUCUAACUGUUAUCAUUGAAAGGGUCAUAAGGAAAGGAAAAUUACAACUCCUUUUUAUGUGUAUUCUGUGCCAAGAUUUCACCCCUUAUAAUGUCUAGUAGUAGUUAGUCUUGUUUCAUUAUGAAAUUAUGCCCCAUACUAUUGGGCCCGGUUUUAUCAACACUGAAUAGCACUUUCCACUGUAUAACACUAUCCAUUAGCUGAAUUUGUUAUCCUCUGUGCAGUUAUCCUGUGGGUAAAGUAAUGUUUUCUAAUAUCUGUCUGAUAUUACUAUCCAAUAGUUAAAAUGUCUGCUAUCCUCAGGAUAACUGUCCAGUGGAUAACAAUUUUAUCAAAUGGAUAGUGGUUUCCAUAGGGUAGUGCUAUCCAGUAUUGAUGAGACUGGGCCCUGUGCUUUACAAAUUCAACAUUGAUCAAACUAUCACUCUUGGUGUCCCCCCCCCCUUUUUUUUAAAUAAAAAUCUUUGAAAAUAUUCAAAUAAAUAAAUGGUAGAGUUGGGUGUUAUUGAUUUUGUUUUAAACAAUCACACUGCAUUUUCCAUGUGAAUUUGGUUUAUUUAGAUGUUUACUUAAAAAGCAAAUCACUUUAUAGUGGUGUAGAUCUCUUUUGCUAACUUAAGACUGUAACAACAAUAUGCUGACAAAAAGCAAAGUUCAUUAUCCAUCUUCAGAAUACCAAUUAAUGUAAACUCAAAUAUACAACCAAAAUAAUACAACUGAAUUGUUGGUCUGAUUCCUCAAUGCU